AUGACGAUAGUUUGCAUGGCCUCCUUCUCCCGGCGAAAAGCGGAAAGCACCCUGGAUAUGCAACGAACCUCAUCCGCCAACGACCGUCGAUACGCCGACAUCAAGAUGGUCAACCUUCGCACCCAGAAGCGCCUCGCCGCCUCCGUGGUCGGCUGCGGCAAGCGCAAGAUUUGGCUCGACCCCAAUGAGAUGACCGAGAUCUCCAACGCCAACUCUCGUCAGACCAUCCGCAAGCUCGUCAGCGAUGGCCUCAUCAUCAAGAAGCCCGUCACCAUGCACUCCCGUGCCCGCGCCCGUGAGCUGAACGAGGCCCGCCGCAUUGGUCGUCACCGCGGUCUGGGUAAGCGCAAGGGUACCAAGGACGCCCGUAUGCCCAGCCAGGUCCUCUGGAUGCGCCGCAUGCGUGUCCUCCGUCGUCUGCUCGUCCGCUACCGUGCCGCCGGCAAGAUCGACAAGCACCUCUACCACGAGCUCUACCACCUGAGCAAGGGUAACACCUUCAAGCACAAGCGUGCUCUGGUUGAGCACAUCCAGAAGGCCAAGGCUGAGCGCCAACGUGAGCGUGUCCUCAAGGAGGAGAUGGAUGCUAAGCGUGCCAAGAACAAGGCUCUCCGUGAGCGUCGCGCGGAGCGCGUCGAGGCCAAGCGCAGCGCUCUGGCCGGCGAGGCCCAGGAGUAA